AUGCAAGAGAACAACGUUGACCAGCCACCGUCUCUGUCUCAGCUCUUAAGGGAAAGCUAUUUGGCAGAAGCCCGAGCCCAGCAGCGCCACAGUGAGAUGAGUCGCUCAGAUGCUUCUUCCUCACGCUUUCAGAUCUACAACACGCUUAAAGGCAAGGGUGAGGACACUGUGGGCCACAAUGACACCCAAUUCCCAGACCUGUCAGCCUUCCUCAGCCAAGAGGAGCUUGAUAAGAGUGUGAAUCUGGCCUGCCAGGCCAUUGGACACGAGCCUCGUGAUGAGAGGGCAGAGGUCAGGGCAGCAGUGACACCAUUAACCACCUCUAGCAUCCCCUCAGUUUCUUUGUCCACACUCCCUUCUGUUCCAUUCUCCAACCCCUCACCUGCUCCUUUUGUUGUCCCAUCCACUGUCACUCAGCCAGCCACCGAGGUCAAAAAGCCAGCAGCUCACACGUUUACAUCUGACAGAAAGAUACACAAAGCGUCCUCACGGCAAGACAACAUGAUCAGGAACAGUAAGGACUCCACUGAAGGAUUUGAUGACUAUAACAGACCAGCAAAAAACACCCCAUAUGGUCUUGAGACCCAGUCCAAGAAGGAGUUCCUCAACAAGGCAGCGGACUUCAUUGAGGAGCUCUCUUCUCUUUUCAAGGCCAACAGCUCAAAACGGAUACGACCGAGAACCUGCAAAGCCCACAGGAGUAGGAACCAGAACAAGAGCCCAAAUGAUGAGGCGGUUUAUCCCCUCAGCUCUGAAAACAGGGAGCGCGUCAUCAUACCUGUGGAGGUGGAGAAGGAGAGACCCAGUCCUGCAGUUAGCCACCACCCAGUGCUCCAGCAGGACUCUCAGAGUGAACUUCAUGACUUCAAAAUUACAGACAGGGGACAAUUUGAGUCUAUGUCCCAGGAGAAACGGGACCAGGCUGAAAGUUUUUCCUUAACAGAAACGCCGUAUACUGCAGAGCCUGCAUGCGAGCCUCCCCAUUUCAUUCAGAAACUGAAAAGCAGGGAGGUUGCUGAGGGUAGCAAGGUCCAGUUAGACUGCAUUGUAAGAGGAUGUCCUAUGCCUGAAGUCCGGUGGUUUUGUGAGGGCAAGGAGCUGGAGAACAGCCCCGACAUCCAGAUCAUCACCAACGGCGAGCUGCACUCUCUGAUCAUCACCGAGGCGUUUGAGGAAGACACUGGCCGUUAUUCUUGCUUUGCAUCUAAUUUCUAUGGUUCAGACUCAACUUCAGCUGAGAUCUACGUGGAAGGUGCUUCCUCUUCAGAUUCGGAGGGGGAACAGCACUUUGAACAUGUAGCCCAGCUGCAGAGGAAACAAUCUAAGUCAUCCCCGUCUUUACCUUCAUCAAGCCAAGUUCUUCCUGCAGAAAGGGGCAACUUGGUGUCAUGUCAGCCUGAAGAAGCCACCGAGGAACCAGCGGAGGAGUUCUCAUCUCCAACAACCAGCCAAGUAGUCCCAGAGCCUCAUCCACCAGUCCAGACAUCCGGCACUGUCCUCCCACUUCCAGAGAUCUCUAAAGUGUCUGUGGCCCGUCCUGCUCAGGAGGAGACAACAGUUUUUCCAACUUCUUUAGAAUUUACAAAAGCUGAGGAGGUGUCAGCAUCCAUCCCUGUCGUCUCAGGACCACAGCCGGACCAGAUAUCAGCUACAUCAUUGCCUUUAAACACAGCGGCGGCAUCUGUGCUGCCUGAUGUCUCAGCUACAACACAAACACUCCAACUUCAGAGUCAAUCUUCCAACCACAUCUAUUCACAAGGACUAAACGGGCAACCCAUCAUGGCUGCCCCAGUAUUCACAAAGAGCCUGCAGGAUCUCACUGCAUCGGGGGGCCAGCUGGUGGUGCUGGAGUGUCGCGUGAAAGGGGUGCCAUCACCUCGUGUGGACUGGUACAGGGAAGGCAAAAUGAUAGAGGACUCCCCUGAUUUCAGGAUUUUGCAGAAAAAGCCCAGAUCUCCAGCUGAAUCAGAGGAAAUAUGCACCUUGGUCAUCGCUGAGGUCUUUCCUGAGGAUUCGGGGAUGUUUACCUGCACAGCAAAUAAUAAGUAUGGAACUGUGUCAAGUACUGCUUCUCUGAAGGUGAAAGGCAAUGUUAGCAACAGCAGCCACGUGAGGCCUUUUAGUGAUUUGCUGGUGGAGCCUAAUCAAAUCCAGAAGCUUUCUCCAUCAGCUCCUGCUGUAAACCCUCAACCUGAGGUUGCUGUGACCAGCAGCAUCAAGCCUCAUUCAAGUACCAUUCGCCUCGACCCGCUCAUCUCAAGCACGUUACGCCUGGAACCAGUAAGCACCAGCACUCUCCGUCUGGAGCCCCACACUUCCAGCAUGUUACGUCCAGACACUUUCUGGACCAGCCUGCCCAAUCUGGAACCCUCCAAUCUCACCGGCAGCUCCAUCCUGAACUCCUGCAGCAACAGCACAUCAAACUUAGAGCCCCUCUCCCUCCACCAGAACCCUCAUGGAUCCAGUGGUCCACAUUCGGAACCACAGAGUAGCCACAGACAGAUCUUCUCAUAUCCCAAACCUGUCGUUGCUUCUCCUGCAGCUGGGACUACAACUGAGCAGGAAGUUCCCAGACCUUUAAAAACAUCACCUGAAACAAGCCAAAAAGUCAAGGGAACCUCAAACCACCAGAACGGGAGCCCCAUUGUGGUGCCCCUCCCUGACCCUCCUCCUAACUCCUGCUUAAAAACAGGGGCAAUGACAAACCACAAAGAUUCCCGCUCUGGCUCCAGAGUGGGUCUGCGUGUACACUUCAAACUUCCAGAAGAUGAAGAGGAUGAACAAGGUGAAACAUCCAGUUACUCUGAUGAAGACAUCAGUCUGGCAUCGGUCCUCAAAGAGCCGCCACCAGUGCUUGCUAAACCCAAACUGGACCCGGCUCAGCUCCAGCUCCUGCACAACCAGGUCCUCAUGGAGCAACAGCAGGAGGCUGAACCUCAGCCCCAAACCCACAUUCAGCCUCAGUUCGAGUCUCCAUUCCAGAUCCAGAUCCAGCCUGAGGUCCAGAGCUCCCAUGAAAGUGUGCUGUGGUCUCCCAGAAUGCACCAUGAACCCCAAGUGCAGCCUUUCCAGUCGUACCUGAACACGACAACAGUCCCGCAGCAGCUUCCUCACUCUGCACCUCCACUCACCACUGCCCCUCCUGCCCCCUCACUAGCCUCUGCUGCCACUUUUUCACCUCCUCCUAAGACCUCUAUUGCUCCUUCUUUGAGCUCCCCUCCAUCUGUUCCUCAGCUUAAGACUUCUUCCUUGGUGACCUGCCCUCCACCUCCGCCACAGCUGAACACGGCUUCUGCUAUCAGUGUAGCACCUGUAAGCCAGAUCAACACCAUCCAUGCCUCCCAUCUUAAUCUUUCCCCUGCAGCUCUUGCCAGAACUGCACCUACAUCCCAGUUUUCCUCCCCCACUGUACCAAAGCUUAAUACAGUCCCUACAGAUCCAACCCCGGCCUUACAGCAGAUCACAUCUCCAACUCCUCUGCUGAGAAGCACCCACGCUUCCCUCAUGAACCUCACAGCCAUAACCUUUAACUACGCCCGGCCGAAGGAAUUUAUAGCAGCUCAGACCUUUUCUCCAGUCAGGAGUCCUUCCCCGACAGAAUCACCAGUACCUCUGCUCCAUGAGCUGGCUGCUGAGCUCAACUCUUCAGCAGCUAGCUCCCCUACUCUCCCACCAUUCUCCCCUCCACCCAGUUUCUCCCCGACAAGGGUGCUGAAGUCCCCCACCAGCCCUCCGUCCCUCGUGUCCUCGCCCACACCAGGGUCAGCGUCAUUCCUGAACAGCAUGUUCGCCUUGCGCGCCCAAUCACCUCCACAAGCCUCUUCUCCCACCUCCAGCAGCUCCACCCCCAGCCCCAUUCAAAACCCAGUGGCCUUCCUCAGCUCAGUCCUGCCAUCGCUGACCCCAAGCCACCCCACCAACUCAAUGGGCCUCCCCAGAGGAGCUCCAUUAGGGGUUCAAAAGAAAGUACCCAAGACUCGCCUCCCAUCAGCGGAAAACAUCCGUGAAAGUAAAGAAAUUCUCCUCCAGGACAUCGAGAGGAAGCUUCAGUUUAAAGAUGAUACUCCAAAGUUUUUACAUCAACAGAAGCUGAGUAAUAAGGGGAAAACAGCGAGCAGACCCCUUGGACCAAACAUUCCUGCUACUGUCAUUAACUAUGACGAGGAGUACAAGGUGUCCAGUUUUGAGCAAAGACUAAUGAGCGAGAUUGAGUUCCGCUUGGAGCGAACGCCAGUGGAGGAGUCGGAUGAUGAGGUGCAGCAUGAUGACGUCCCCUCUGGAAAGUGUAUCGCACCGAUAUUUGACAAGAAACUGAAGAACUUCAAGGCGAUGGAAGGCGUGCCUGUGACUUUCUCGUGUAAAGUAGUAGGAAUCCCCCCUCCAAAGGUUUACUGGUUCAAAGAUGGCAAGCAGAUAUUGAGGAAAAAUGCCCACUACAAGAAAAUAAGAGAGGGGGAUGGGACCUGUGCUUUACACAUAGAGUCCACAACCAGCGACGAUGAUGGCAACUAUACCAUCAUGGUAGCUAACCCACAGGGACGAAUCAGCUGCUCUGGUCAUUUGAUAGUCCAAACUGGACCUCCACGGAGCCGACUGACACCUAUUCAUUCUCAGAGAGUAAGAGCCCGCAUACAGGAAGUUGAAGGCGAGGAAACCCAGGAGCGCUUUUUUCGUCCCCACUUCCUCCAGGCUCCGGGGGACAUGAUGGCUCACGAGGGAAGACUGUGCAGACUAGACUGCAAAGUGAGCGGUCUACCCAACCCAGAGCUGAUGUGGCUGGUGAAUGGGAGGCCGAUCUAUCCAGACCUUUGCCACAAAAUGUUGGUGCGGGAGAACGGCAUCCAUUCCUUGGUCAUCGACCCCCUGACACAGAAUGAUGCGGGCACUUACACCUGCAUUGCAAGCAACAAAGCGGGGCAAAGCUCCUUUAGUCUUGAACUGAAUGUUGUGGAGAAAGAGAUGAAGCACCCGCCCAAUUUUGUGGAGAAGCUGCAGAACAUGGGUAUUCCUGAGGGGACCCCGGUGAGGAUGGAGUGUCGUGUGCUGGGUAUGCCUCCUCCGGUUAUCUUCUGGAAGAAAGACAAUGAAACUAUUUCCAAAACAAAGGACAGAAUCAGCAUGACCCAGGAUGCCACAGGAUAUGUGUGUCUCCUCAUCCAGCCAACAACAAAAGAUGAUGCUGGCUGGUACACAGUGUCAGCAAAAAAUGAUGCUGGAGUAGUGUCUUGCACCUGCAGACUUGAUAUAUAUGCACAGUGGCAUCAGAGUAUCCCAGCACCCAUGAGGAAAGCUCCACGAGCAGGCAGCCGAUACGCCGCUCUGACAGGCCAGGGGCUCGACAUUAAGUCAGCUUUCCCAACAUCAGACACCAGCCCCAUCCUUUUCGCCAGCUCCCCUCCCGAGGCCACGCUGGAGAGCGAGGAGCUGUGAGCAGUCUGCAGCGUUCCAGCACAUUCUGUGACCUCCCUGAGGUUAAAACCGUAGAGGGCUGAAAGGGAAAACGUGUAACAGAGCAGUUUUGUGUGGUGCAUUUGAAGUGUUACAUUCAGAUUAGAAUGGCAAAGAUUCAUGUUAAAGCUGUCAUCAGCACUGAUAGUUGGGUGGUCACCAUUCCUAUUUAUUCAAGUCAUAUAAAGAGUGUUUUACAGACAAAAAAGAAAAGAAUAGAAACAUAUUUGCAAAGUCUUAGUUCAUGAGCCACAGUUGGAGUUGGAUAAUGUUUUCUCGUUGGUUUUAAUGAGUCACAAUUGUUUUUGGUAUCAUAUUUGGAUGUGAUGGUAAGGUUGCUGAAAAGUGGUGAUAUCUGCUCUUAACUUUUAGUCCUGUUCUAAUAGUGGUUGUAGCACCACUUAUUUUUAUUGCAAUCACUUAUAACUGCACUGCUAACAAUGGUCUCUUUCAAACUUUACAUAAAAAAUAGAAGUUAUUUUUAUUAACGAUCACAAGUAGCUUGAACAUGUACUAACAGAAAGUUGUCAGACAAUAACAUUUUCCACAUUUUCUCCAUGAAGACAAACAAAACCAUUUUUCUGAGGUUUUUGUUGAUUGAAUUAAAUAAAACACUCAAAUAUCCCAUUUCCUUUUUAAUCAGACCCUUCACGUUAUGCUUAAUGCACCUUUUUUUGUUGUUUGUUUUCUUAGCAAGGACAGCUUCAAACUUUCCUUUGGCACCAAUUUGUAGGCUUCCCUGGAAUAUCAGAGUCUUCCCAAAAGACUCAUUCAAGGUUUAAUUAAUAAACCUCAUUUUUGGUGUUAAUGGGUGUUAAUCAUUGGCAGUAGCACACACACUACUAGAAAAAGUUUAGUUUUUAUUUAAUUUAUUCUGCAGACAAAACAAACAAUCAAAAGAAGAACAAAAUAAAGAAAAGCAGCAGAAAGAAGAGAAAUCCUAUAUGGACUGCCUUUUUUUUUUUUUUUUUACAUAAUUUAUCCAAUGCACAUACAAAACACACACACACACACACAGAAAAAAAACAAAUAAAAUAAGGCUAAUACAGCCUCUCAUAUCUGCCUGCCAGACUCUUCAUUUUAAUCUAUGGAAACAAAACAGAGAACCCUUAGCACAUGUUUUUAUUUAACAAAUGACUUUAAUUAUUUAUAUUUUUAAAUAUUUUUUUAUUUAAACUCUUUAAUAUCUUUAUCCAGAGUAUUCCAUAAAAUAAUUUCUUUUACAAAGAUAAACUGUUCUGAAUCUGGGUUUAUUAAAAUUCCGUUAUUUUUAAGUUACAUUUACUCUCUUUUUUUGUCAAAUCCUUUCUGAAUAUUUGAUGGCAGUGUGUUCCUAUGGGCUUAAACCCUCAAUGCCUGAAUUUAUCUGCAAUUAUCUAAAAACAAAAGAAUACAGAAAAACAAGAUUUGUAAAAAAAAAAAAGGCUGUUAUAAAAUGAAUUAUAAUUAAAUAUUAAAUAAAUUAAUAACACUAAGUGAAGUGGGCCAUUGCAAAUUUCUGACUAGAGAGUCAAAGGGUUAAUACAUAAUUUACAUGAUAUAAAUAGUGGCUGAGUAAUUUGAUUUAUGGUCAUUUUGAUGGUUUUUGGCAAAUUUCCAGUGUGCUGUGACCUGUUUUUGGUGGGGAAUAACCUCUGAUAAAACCGCAACAGCGAGGUUGCUGGUUCUAGCAUCGGCUUUGUGUGUGUGUGUGUGUGUCUGUGUGUAUGUAUAUGUGUAGGGGGAGGGGAUGAUGCAGGUAUCCUCUCCGGGUACUCUGGCUUCCUCCCACAAUCCAAAGACAUGCAUGUGUGGUUAAUUGGUCACUCUAAAUCUGUGGUUCCCAACCUAUUUUCCUCAGGGACCCCCUUCAUGCAUAUACUAAAAGGCCAUACAUAGAAACCAUACUUGGUUUUUUGCUUUCAAAAGUGAGGUUCUCACGAUACAUAAUGUAUUCUGGCUGAAUCCUGUCCUUCAAUAAAGCCAAAGUUAAAUUUAGUUAAUUAAAUUAACAUAUUGCCUUUCUUUUUGUUAAAAAAUAGGGACAAUGUGCGGACAUUAAUCACAAUGGCUAUUAAUGUUCAAAGCCUAAGGGACCCACUGUGCUCGUUGGUGGACCCUCUUGGGGGUCCCGUACCACAGGUUGGAAACCAACGCUCUAAGUGAGUGAAUGUGAGCAUAAGUGGUUGUUUGUGUUGGCCCUGUGACCUGUCCAGGGUGUACCCUGCUUCUCGCUUGCUAAUUGCUGGGAUAGGCUCCAGUUUCUCAAAUUAAGCUGUUCAGAGAAUGAAUGAAUGAAUGAAUGAAUGAAUGAAUGAAUGAAAUCUUGCUUGUAUGAAGUUUGUUUCAUGAUAAUGUUUUUCCACCUCAACUCUGGAUGACUUGUGUGACCAAAGCAAUGGGCAGAAGGCUGUAGAUAGGCUUUCAUUUUUCUCUCCAUGUUUGUACCUUUCCCAAAUCUACACGUUGACUUAAUCCUAUUUAAUAGAUCUACCAAAAAUUCUCUUGAUGUUUUGAGCUUGGGAUGAUACAGGUCAGGAAUCUAAAGCCUUACAGGGAGCACUGAUGGAGACUUUGUAGAUUUUUUACCAUUUAAAUUCAAAGAAGAAACAAAAUACUCAAAAAACUUGGUUUUGUUUGUCUUUGAGUCCAUUUUCAGAUGCGUUUUGAUAGAAUGUGUACAUUUGUUAGUGUCUGUAAACUUUCCAGUGAUCCCCUUUUAACCUGUUAUGAGAUGACGCAACACAUCUCCAGGGUGCCUCAGAGAUCAACCGGUUAAAAGACUUUUGAAUGUGCAAUUUAGCUCAUUGUAUUUAAAUGGCUCCAACAGGGUGGGAUUCUUUCUACGUUUAACUAAAUAAUUUCUAGAAGUUCAUCACUGGGUCACAUUUCUGCACCAUGUUUUUCAUAUUCAUGCAUGCCUGUGGCUGAUUUAGGAAAAUUUAGACAUGACUAAACACAUUGUGUCGUCUCACAGUCAAAACACAGCAGCACUGUGACUGGUGUAACUAAAGGCUUGUAUUUGAGAAGAUGAAAAUACAGUCUUUAAUUUCUUGUUUUCUUGUGAGUUAAUCAAUCUAUGUAUUAAGAAGUAUGUAUCUCCUUGAAAACAUGUACAAUUAAACUUAUUGUCAAAGAAAAAAAGGUAAAAUUAGACUUAAUCUGUGAAAAAAUGUACUGAAAGUUUUUUUUCUUUGUCAAGUAUAUCACACCGAAGUUAUUACUAAGCAUUAAAGUAAUUGAUUUAUUUAAUUAAAGUCGUUUGUAAACCUAUAGCAAACAGGUUUAAAAGCAUAUAUUCAUCUGAUGUAAAGUUGCACACUGUAAAAUAGUUUUGCCUGUCUCCGAAUAAAGUUAUAUUUAUUCAAA